GAUGGAAUAAAUGUCCGGUUCAUAAAACAAUUCCGAUUCUGAUAAAUGAAAUUAACAAUUAAAAACUUUACUAACGACACUCCAUAAAAGUUAUCGCCACGCCCUGCGCAAUUACUAGCCUGCCCCCAUUAGUCUUGUAUAAACAACGCUUGAGCGAUGGGGCUUUUGGUCAUUUCAGCUGAAGAAUCAGUCCACACAGGAGGAAAAAUGGAAAAGCUUUUUGUUACUUCUCACUCACAAAAGCACGCACUCACACACUGACUGCGUGUAGGAAUUCGUCAUGGAAGAAGAGAGAAAUCGGAGCUCGGUAGCUCUUCCGGUGACGGAAAUCGAGAAUUCGACGCCGCUAAACGGCGGUGAAGGAGAAAUUCGAGAUCAAAUAAUAAUAAUCGAGAAAAUUGAUGAACAGAGGCCGGUGCUCAAUUAUGCAGCUGGGAAUAAUUCCGGAGGUGAAUCAAAAGCUCCCGAAUUCGAAACCCUAGAUUCCGUACAGCUGCCAGAGGGUGAUUUGCAGGCCGAUUUUGAUGAGUCCUCCCACCUUCUGUCAGAGGUUCCGGUGGAAUACUCUCUGCAGCCAUUAAAGCCCACCGAAGAAAUUGAGGAUCAAGUAACAGCUAUGCACGACGAAUCUUUGAAAUGCAUUACUGGUCGAUCUGCAGAGCUUGUGGUACAGCAUCAGAUGCAAGCCGAAGCACCAAAUUCAAUUGUACCUACAUCAAAAUUGCAACCAGAGAAUGGGAACAAUCUGUGUCUUACAGAAAACAACAUGCAGAAUUCUCCAGACCCAAAACCUUUAGCCGCCGCCAUGCCUACACAGAAAAAUCCUUCCGAUGGGUACAACUGGCGCAAGUACGGUCAGAAGCAAGUGAAGAGCCCGGAAGGUUCUAGAAGCUACUAUAGAUGCACAUUCUCCGAUUGUUGUGCAAAGAAGAUCGAGUGCUCCGAUCGCUCUAACCGUUUGAUAGAAACUGUUUAUAGAAGCCACCACAAUCACGAUCCUCCCCAAAAAAUGAAUUGCACUAGAGAAAAUCGACCCUCAUUAGCAAUUGUGCCAUCUACUCCAUCGAAAGAAUCUUUACCAUCUACUCCUUUAAAAGAAUCUUUGCCAUCUACUCCAUUAAAAGAAUCUUUGCCAUCUAUUCCAUUAAAAGAAUCUUUGCCACCUACUCCAUCGAAAGAAUCUUUGCCACCUAUUCCAUCGAAAGAAGCUUUGUCAGGUGCUCAUGAUGUGCCUGAAAUUAAACAGCAGGAGUCGAGUGAUUCUGAUCAGACCACGGAAACUAAUGCAAAGGAGGAAUAUGCUGAUGGGUCUGAAAGUAGGAAAAGGCAAAAGAGCAAUUCCGCAGAUGUACUGGAGUCCCUUCCUAAACCCGGAAAGAAAUCUAAAUAUGUCGUUCAUGCAGCUGUUGAUGUGGGAAUAUCAGGAGAUGGGUACAGGUGGCGCAAGUACGGACAGAAAAUGGUGAAGGGGAAUCCACAUCCAAGGAAUUACUACAGAUGCACAUCAGCUGGAUGUCCCGUAAGGAAGCACAUCGAAAGUGCAGUGGACAACGCAAACGCUGUUGUAAUAACGUACAAGGGAAUGCACGACCACGAAACACCUGUACCAAGAAAGCGUCAUUCCCCGAAAAGUGCUACUACUCAUUCCCCAAGAAGUGCUACUCAUUGGCCAAAAAGUGCUACUGCAAAUGCUGCUUCUGCAAAUGCUGCUUCUUCUCCUCCAGUUCCAUUGGACGAUUUGCAAAACAAAACGAACCCUCAUACUACGAGUCGAACACAAUGGUCGGUGAGCAAAGAAGGCGAAUUGACGGGCGAAGCGAUGAAUGUGGCUGGGGAGAAAGAAUCGGGAUCUGCAAGAACGCUUUUGAGUGUUGGGUUCGAAAUCAAGCCUUGCUGAAAAUCUAAGCACUGAAGAAAAGUGGGGGGUCACGCAACUAUGGUGUGCAGUUCCGUAAUCGAAUUUAUCGUAUAAUAACUUAUUUGAUUUGAUUUUUAUCUUUCUUAGCUGUAGAUUAGUAUUGGGAUAGUGUGGUAAUUUGUAAUGCAGAACUGAGUAAUAAAGAUAGGUUGGUUGUAACUUGUAAGAAAUAUCAUGUAAUAUUUGCAGCAGUGAUUUAUAGGAGUGAUUUAUGUAAAUUAUUGUGGAUCUAUAGCAUAUUGAUUUGUGCCCACUGUAUUUUCCUUUUAAAUACAGUAGAUAAGAACAACUGUAUGUCGUCAUACUGUAG